UUACCAACUUUAACGCGCAUUAGAAGGAGGAGAAAUUAUUUUCAUCAAUAAAUCUGUGCCACAACAUACGCUAUCUGUGUGCAGUGGAUACACAGGAUGGAAAAUAAUAUUUUAAAGGAUAACGUUAUUUGUACCCCUCUUCCUCUCUCUGCUCUGCGACUGCUGGUCCCACCAAUUCGACUGGUCUCCGCAGCGAUAUGGCAGACCGUCCAACAGAAAGUUGUGACUGAUUAUGGGAUGCUUGAGGAGUUUGUUUCCAUGGUUACAGACAUUGUUCCAGAGCUACUGUCCACUCGCCAGAGGGCCCAACUUAUCCUGGGCCUCAGAGCACGGCUAAUUUUGGAGUUAUGUCAGUUUGAAGCUACUGCUGACUUUGAGAAUGUUCGUCCUCACCUGGACAGAGUGCACACGCUCAUUGACUCAUGGGUAAUGGAGGCUUGUGAUGCUAAUCAAGAGGUGCCACACCCAGAAUUUGUGGAUCUGGUUAAAAAGCUGCUGAAAAAUCCUGAUGAAAGGGAACACUUCUUUCAGAAUGUUUUCCCCAAAGAGUUUGGUCCCACAUAUGAUGACGCACUUCACACCUUGAUGUGGAGGUUUCUGUCCAGACUUGAACAGUUUCUUCCCCUUCAGACUUUCCAACAGGUUGCCUCCAAGUUUGGUGAGGCAUCCUCAGUUCUGGAGGAAUGUAUGGACUCUGUGUCUCGAUGUGAGGAGCUCAAAACCCUACUGCAGUAUCAAAAAGACCUCAGCCAACUGGAUCAUAAUGAUGGUUCCUUGGAUGGCGCCUGCAUUAUUUCAGCUCUCAAACUUCCCUCUGGAGAAAGAACCGAGACAGAUAAACCCCAAGCCAACGUCUUGGAUAAUGUGCUAUCAUAUGCGUCAGAUUUAGAGAAGGAAUCUUUAACAUUGUCUCAUACAACAGAGAUAAAAAUAGACACAGCUGAAGAUCAGACAAGUGAGAUGGAGGUUGAUGACUCUCAUUGGACUCCUGGUGAAAAUGUAACAGAGAUGCUUUUUGGAGACAUUACAAGACAUGAAGAAAAUGUAGGCCUUCCUCAGAGUCAAGUGGAGGAUGCAACUGGCCUUCUAAAACAAUGCCGUGUUCAACUAAAAAGACUGGACAUGCCGAACUCUUUGCAGUCUCGACCUGUGAGACGAAACAGAGGCCUGAAGAUGAAAAAGAUUCUGUUGGAAGAGAAAAAAGGUCUUUGUGACGAGGUCUACAAAUCACCUUCUAGGAAAACAAAACCCUCCAAUGGGGCUAUUUUACACAUCCCUGACAAUGAGGUGUCAAGCAGCUUUGGCAAAGACGACUCCACGUAUAUGGCUCCUAUCAGUCAUUGCAGUGAAGACAAUUCAUGGUCUUACUACUCUGAUGAGAACUCUUGCCAUAAGGCCUCAAGUAGUGGCCCUAGUAUGGCUGAUUCCUGGUCCAGCUACUCGGAUGAUGAGCCUUCCUUUGUGACUCCUGACAGUAGUUCUGAAGGUGAUUUGCUGUCUAGCUGCUCAAAUGAGGACCCUUCCUUCAUGGGUUCUAAAAAUGUAUCAGCUAACAGCAGAAAGCGGGACAUCUCUGACAUCAAAGCCAGCACUUCAAAAAAGACUCGGAACACCCUGUGUUUUAUCUGCAAGGAGCACAUCAACACAAACCUGAGAACUCAUAUGAAAACCCACUUUCCCACCGGUGAUUACGCCUGCCCUCGAUGCGACAGCAGGUUUAAACUCUUCUCAUCUCUGAAGCUCCACUUGAAUAGAACCUGCUUCGAGUACAGCCGACAACAGAUAGAUCCGCAGAAGCCGAACGAAGCUAAGAAUCUUUACAAAUGUGAGGAAUGCGAAGAGGCAUUCAGGUACAGAGUUUCUCUUGAAAGGCACAAACUGACACACAAUAAACUGUACUGCAAUGUGUGUAGGAAGGUUCUACGAGAUGCAGCAACAUUGGCAAGGCACAAGGCUUCUCACACGCUGUUUCAGUGUAACCGCUGCGACAUGACGUUCACUCUUUUCAAACCCUUGCUCAGGCAUUGCCAAAACAUCCAUAAAAUCAGCAUGCCGUUUAAAUGCAACUAUUGCCCGAAAACGGUAUCCAAGCUGCGAAUUUUGAUCGCACACGAGUGGAAACAUACGGGCCAUCUACCUUUCCAGUGCCCUCAGUGUGCCUUGAGAUUCAAAACUGAUGGAGAUCUCAGUUCCCAUGAAAGAGUCCACACCAGAGAGAAACCCUACCUGUGCGCAGAGUGCGGUAAGACUUUCGCCCAGAAGUCCAACUUCAUGCGACACCUGAAUUUCAUUCACAGUGAGUCUCGAAAUGAGAGGAAGUAUUCUUGCAGCGAGUGUGAGAAAUCCUUUAAAGAGAAAGGAUCCCUGAAAAAACACCAGAGGACCAAACACUUAAAUGAAUUGUUCCGUCAUCCGUGCCCAUACUGUGGGAAGAUGGUCUCUUCAUCAACAAUGGCUAGACAUAAAUUAAUCCAUACAGGAGAGAAACCUUUCAAAUGCACUGUGCCUGACUGUGACAAGGACUUCAGGUCAACUGCUGAAGUGAAGAAGCAUGUCCUCUUGCAUCAUAGUACAGAGAGACCAUAUAAAUGUGGUGUCUGUGGUAAGGGCUUUAUACAAAUGUGUUAUCUCAACGCACAUGCUAAAAUACACUCAGGAGAAAAGCCAUUUGUUUGCCAUAUCUGUGGCAAGGCCUUCCUUAAGCUCUACAGCAUGCACAGACACAAAAAUCUUGUACAUACUUUUGAAAAGCAUUAAAAAUGCAUGGCAGAAACAUU